GGCAUGGGUGUUGACUCCCUUACUGUGUGAGGGUGGACAAGGCGACGCACUCCAACCUCUAGUGUGGGGAUGGUCAUUUUACCUCCCCAAGAUCCUCGCUGAAUUGCUUUGAAGAUGUCAUCGAAAUAUAAAGCUUCAGAAGGUGAUUGGGUCUGCAGUGAACCCAAGUGUGCUAAUGUCAACUUUGCUCGAAGAAAUACCUGCAACAGAUGUGGCAGAGAUCGUAGUGGCUCAGGAUCAGGAUCUGCAGCAGCAGCAGCAGCAGCAGAGAAGAAGCGUCAGCUGGGAAUGGAAAUUGGUAAAGCUGCAGCAGAAAAAUCUCAUGGUCUGUUUAGUGCUGAUGACUGGCAGUGUAGCAAGUGUGGAAAUGUCAACUGGGCUAGACGGCAGACUUGCAACAUGUGCAAUGCUCCAAAGUUUGGUGAUUUAGAAGAGCGUACUGGCUAUGGAGGUGGAUUUAAUGAGAGGGAGGGUGUUGAGUACAUCCAUCGUGAAGAAUCAGAUGAUGAGUUUGAUGAAUUUGGAAGGAAGAAGAAGAAAUUCAGGAAUAAAAAUCCACCUGCGCCAAAUGAAUCAAAGAAGGAUCAUGUUGUGAUGCCAGUUGCUGUUAAUGAUGAUGAGGAGGAGGAGGAUGAGGAAGAGGAUGAUGAUGGAGACCUCUCUAAGUAUGAUAUUUGGAAUGACGAUGAGGAUGAAAAUGAUGAUGAUAAAAAUGAAACGAAAGAUGAUAAGAAAAAAAAUGGUCAACCUUUGGACGACUCGCCUCAUAAAAGUGGCACGACAAUAAGAUCCCGAUCCCAGUCCCUUCGACACUCCAGGUCAAAAUCGAGAUCAAGCUCUUAUUCCCGUGGAAGGCAUAGCUCAAGGUCUUACUCGCGAUCUCUCUCAGGAUCGUCCAGAUCAUCUCGCUCUAAAUCCAGGUCAACAAGGUCUUCCUCACGGUCACCGUCAAGGUCGGGGCGCAGGAACAGCAACUCCAAAUCAAGAUCUCGGUCCCCUAAUUCAAGGAGGCGGAGAUCUAGGUCAAGGUCACGGGAUCGUUCAAGUGUGAAGAGAAGGAGAGAGUCUCACCAUUCCUGCUCCAGCUCCCGUUCCCGCUCCAGGUCGAGGUCAUAUUCGAGAGACCGGAAGUAUUCAAGAAAGUAAUGAUAAAAAUAAACUGGUAAGGUAUGAAGAGAAAACUUCAUGGAUGCUUUCACCAGGCCACAUCUUGUCACUGUUGGUAUAGUCACUGUGGAAGUGCACAUCUGAAGUAAGAUUUAUUUUUUUUUCUGGAGCUAGUUUUAUUUCGUUCUUGCUCUUAAGAAUUGAGAAGAAAAGGAAACACAGAUUUAUAUAAGUUGUAUGUGUUGAAAAAUUUUUCAUUUGUCUAAGUAAUUUUAUUGUGAGCAUUUAAUUAUCAAGAGUUUUUUCUUGGGAGCCUGAUCUGAUUUAGCGUAAUUUUCAUGAAUUAAGAAGGGAAAAGACAUGGCUCAACAUGUGACUCUUGUUGGACACAUUUUCUAAAUGCUGCUCAAGUUGAAGCAGAUAAAGAAACUUUUCACUUCAGAAAUUAGCCCCCCCAUUUUUCACCCACUGUAAAAAAUUUAUUUGUUAAGGGCAUUAAACCAAAUAGUCUCUAUUAUAUACAGGGUGUUUCAUGACUUUGUCAGCACCCCAGGAAUUUAUUUCUGAGGAAAUUUCUAGACUUUUUUUUU